AACAUAAAAACGCAAAUUAAUUAUAAUUUAAAAGUUAGAUAAAUUUAAACAAUGGAUUUGCAACAACUGGAAGAGGAAGCGCGCCAAGCAGCGCUCAAGGACAUACAAAACAUGCUGCAGCGUCCUGGGCAGCUGGAGAAAGUGGAGCAGUAUCGUCAUCGGAUCGCACGGAAAAAGGCAUCCGUGGAGGCGUUGCUGAAGACGGGCAUGCAGAACCAGCUGGAGGGCGUGCGUGUCGGCUUGAAACAGCUGGUGACGUGCAUGCAGGAUGUGCGCGAGGUGCGCCGUCGCAUGGUCGAGGUGGAGCGCCUGCUGGUGGGCGUGCCCGAAAUAUACGAUGCACUGGAGGUGGUGCGCGAGGAGAACACAAAGCACUCGCAAUACGCGACGGCCAUGGAGAACCUUAAGCACAUUUUCAAUGUGGAUGCCAGCGUCCAAAAGACAAUGGCCCUGAUCGACGAGGACAAGUUGCUGAAUGCGCAUCAGUGCCUGGCGGAUCUGGAGAACUCGCGCGACGAUCUGCUCUACGAGCUGCACAAACAGCCCAAGCAGCAUGCCUCCGACAAGAUAACGCUCAAGCGGCACUUCGAGAAGGUCGAUCAGGUCUCGCAGGCGCUGGAAAAGAAACUCCGGCUCAUCAUCAGCCGCACGCUGAACACCGUGCGAAAGAAGCCCACGGUCAUUGUGACGGCGCUGCGCAUCAUCGAGCGCGAGGAGAAGAACGAUCAGUUUGCCCUGCAGCAGCAGAAGGUCACGAAUUUCCUGCCGCCAGGCCGGCCUAAGGCGUGGCGCAAAAUGAUUAUGGACGUGCUGCAGGCGGCUGUCAUAACGCGCAUCGAGGGCUCCAAGCUGGAGGAGCGGGCGGACAACAAGUUGUGGCUGGUGCGAGAUUUGGAGAUCUUGCGUCAGAUCAUACUGGAGGACUUGCGUGUGGUCAAGUCGCUGUGCGUGCCCUGCUUUCCGCCCCACUACGACAUCUUCAACGAGUAUGUCCGCUUCUAUCACGAGGGCCUCUCCAGCUACCUGGACAACAUUGUGAAGUCGGGCCUGCAGGGCAACGAGUACGUCUCGAUGUUGGCCUGGGUUAUGCACACCUAUCCCGGCGCCGAUCUGAUGUCGCAUGCGGAUCUCAAUGUGGAUGUGCUUAAGCUCUCGCGGCCACUGCUGCAUCCGGAGCACCUGAAAUCACUGGAGGAUGAGUAUCUGCAGAAUAUGGAGCGCAACUAUCAGGAUUGGAUGAAGAAGACCGUCGACUCGGAGAAGCAGGAAUGGUACUCCGAAAUGCUGCCCGAUCAGCGGGAUCAUUAUUACAACAGUGCCGGCCCCGUGAUCAUAUUCGAGAUGAUCGAUCAGCAUCUCCAAGUGACCAACACCAUACACCAAGAGCUCACGUUUAAGGCCCUGGUGCUCAGCAUACAGCAGGUGGAGCUGUUUGGCCAAACGUAUCUGAAGAAUGUCAUCGAGCUGAAGGAGCAUCAUUUCCGCAAUCGCGACCAGAUCAAAUACUUUACGCACUAUAUCAUAACCAUUGUGAACAAUAGCCAGAACGUCGUGGAGAUGGCGCAACAGAUGAAGCAUCUGUUUUGGCCCAAAUCCCGAACGGAACACUAUGAGGACUUUGAGAAGCUGUUGGCCACAUUCCAGCGCAUACGCGCACAUGCCGCCAACUAUUUGCUGGAGGAGGCCUUCCUGGACAUGGAAUGCCAUUUCAAUGAUCUGUUCACGGUCAAGUGGCUCGGCAGCAGCAUUGCCGUGGACACGAUCUGUGUGACACUGGAUGAUUACUUUCAGGACUAUAAUCAUCUGUUGCCCGCCAACUUUGAGAUGGUCAUCAAUGAGGCCCAAAAGCUGCUGGCCAAGCGCUACAUUCGAGCGCUGCUCUCCAAGCGGCUGUCCAAGACGCGCAGCGAAUGCGAUGCGAUUACCCGCAAAAUCAAUCUGGAGGCGAAGCGCAUUAAACAGUUCUUUGAGAAAAUUGCGCCCAAGAUUUCGCUCAGCGAUUCGCCGCUGGAUUUGAUAACCACGCUGUCGGCGCUCCUUGUCGCCGAUAUUGAAUUGCUCGCCUUGGAUUUGCAUACGCUGCUGGGGAGCUAUCCGUCGCUGAGCGAGGAUCAUCUGGUGCGUCUCUUCUACAUACGCAACGAUGUGAAGGCGGCCGAGGUGCGCGAGAAGGUGCAGGAUGCGAUGAAGUCCAAGAAGGCAAUGGUCAGCAUUGCCAAGCAGGAUUGCAUCUUCAAGGAGAUCGUGUUCAGCGACAAGCUGUGGUAAAACAACAGCAACUACUUAUAAAAAUCUGCUACGCAUACUCAGUAUAAGACAUUCUACUUAUAAAACUAGCCAACUCCCU